AUGGGAGCAACACUAAAACCAAUAAGACAAAUCGAUAAUAAUGCUAAUGUAUAUCCACUUAUAUGGCUUGACUAUACGGUAAAUAGAUCUCGACAGCAUAUAAAUGAUCAAAAAUUAAUUCGAUCUACCAUUGAUCAUUUAAAAACAUUUGAAAAUGCCAAUAAAUGUGAAUUAUAUAUUCGAUCGAUAUCGAAAGAUGAACGAGUUAUACUAAUUGUCAGCGAUAAAUUAGCUCGCGAUAUAAUACCACGUAUUCAUGCGCUUCGGCAAGUUUCUUCAAUUUAUAUUUAUUGUUUAGAUAAAUCUAUAAACGAACAAUGGAUUAAACAGUAUAAAAAGGUGAAAGACAUAGUUACGCAACCGAAUCAAUUAAUUGAUAGAAUUCGAUUAGAACGUUCAAGGCGAACUCAAAAUCAAACCAAUGAAAUAUUGCCAACAAGUAUUUUUCAAACGAAUACGUAUUAUGAACAGUCAAAUAAUAACUUUAAUAAUGACUUUAUUUAUUCACAAUUAUUAAUCGAUGCUCUUCUUCAAUUAAGACCAAUGAAGAAUGAGAGAAAUAAAUUAAUUCUUCUAUGUAAAGAAAGAUAUAAAGAUGUUCAUAGUGAAUUACGACUUAUUCAAGAAUUUGAAAAGAAUUAUACAUCGGAUAAAGCAAUUUAUUGGUAUAUGAAAGAUUCAUUUAUUUAUCAAAUAUUCAAUAAAGCUCUUCGAACACAAAAUAUUGAUUUAUUAUUUCUUUUUCGAUUUUUUAUUCAUGAUAUUCGACAAGGAAUUCUACAAAAUCCAUGUAUGUCGCCAAUUCGAGUUUAUCGUAGUCAAUUAAUGACCAAAGUAGAAAUAAAUUUGCUAGAAAAUUCUAUUGGUCGUUUAAUUUCAAUAAAUUCAUUUUUUUCAACAUAUAUUCAUCGAGAAUUCGUUCUAAUGAUUCUCAAUCAAUCGUCAUCUUCAAAUGAUCUUGAACAAGUUGUUUUCGAAAUUGACGCUAAUCCAGAGUUAAAUUCAACGAAACCAUUUGGUUUUAUUCGACCUAAUAACUGUUUUCAGCAAAUUGAAGAAGUUUUAUUUACAUUAGGAUCUAUUUUUCGUUUAACUAAAAUUCAUCGUCAAUCAAAUGGACUAUGGAUUGUACAAUUGUCAUUGUGUCAAGAUAAUGAUGAACAAAUGAAUAAAAUUUUUCAAUCUUUUAAAGAAACAGAUAACCACAAUAAAAUUCAUGUAAUUUCUUUUGGAAAUUUUCUAACAAAACUAGGUAGACUAGAUCAAGCUGAAAAAUUUCUUACUCGAUUACUACACGAACUACCGAAUAAUCACAAAAUUAUUGCUGAUUGUUAUUAUGAAUUAGGAUGUAUUGAAAUGAAGAAAAAUGUCUAUGAUUAUAGUCUUAAUUUACAUCGAAAAUCUUUGGAAAUGAAAUUAAAAAUAUUACAAGAUAACGAUUUAAGUAUUGCUGACAGUUAUAAUAGUAUUGCACAGAUUUAUAUGAGAAAAUCUGAUUAUAAACAAGCGCUCCUAUCAUAUUAUCAAGGAUUAAUAAUUACUAUUCAAGCUAACGGUGAAGAUCAUUUAAACGUAGCUGUUUGUUACACAAAUCUAGCUGGUAUCUGCCAAAAACAAGAUGAUUAUGCAGGUGCACUUGAAUAUUAUCAACGAGCAUUAAAUAUUCGCCAACAACAUUUAUCUAUUGAUCAAUCAGAUUUAGGAGUAUCACAUAAUAAUAUUGCUAUUAUUUAUUCAUGCCUUGGUCUAUGCGAUUUAGCAUUAGAACAUUAUCAUAUGUCUCUUCGAAUUUUACAAAAUACACUUCCACCUUUACAUCCAGAAAUUGCUGUAUGCUAUUGUGGACUUGGUCUUGUAUAUGAACAAAAAGGUCAAUUAAAAAAGGCAUUAUCUUGUUAUGAUAAAACAGUGAUUAUAUAUCGUCAAGCUUUAUCUUCUACGCAUCCACAUGUCAUACAAAUCGAAGCACAUAUUAAAAAAAUAUCACCAAAACAAAAUAAUAAUGUUGUAUGA